AGCGUUAUCUUGUGGACUUGCAACAAGUCGAAUAGAUUUUGAUUGGUCCAGAAAAAAAAUGGACAUGCCCAAGUUGCUAGACUGUUGACAGACGAUUGAAAUUGUCCAACACGGCACAUAUCUGCGUCAACUUUGCGGUUAUGUAUUGCAUAGAAUACGUGACCAAAUGUUAAACUUGUAAACUAAAAUCUCUUGAUCCUUAUUCAAGGUUUUAUUAUUGUCAUAAAAUUUUAAUAAUUUAUCAACUGAAAAAUGACCAAGCUAAUGGAAUGGCUGAUUGUUGCAUUUUUAUUGUUUGGCUCCUGGAUUGCUUUAAUUACAGGAAAUAUUCAUUCACCUACAAGCCUUAAAUGGUAUCACUAUUGGUUUCCAAUUAUCUUGCUGUUUCUAUUUGGUAUUUAUGCUGCAUUGAUUGUACUGUACCGUGUAUUUACUUUCAAUAAUUGUGAAGAUGCGGCUGCUGAACUUCAGAAACAAAUCAAAGAAGCAACUCAAGAUUUAACAAAUAAAGGAAUCAAGCUCAAGCAGCAUGCGUAACUGUUUUCAAUAGAUUAUAAGGAAUAUUUAUUGAAUACGAUGAUAAUUUCACAUUCCUAUAUGAAAACAGAUGAAAAAAAUUAUGUGUAAAUAUUUUAAUAAAAAAAAUCUUUAUUUUUUAUUCAUUACAUUCACAUUAUACAUUUUUUUUUAUUUUUUAACUUUUUUUUUUAAAGAGAAUUUUAUUGUAUGUCGAAUUUUAUAGUCAUUGUAAAGAUGUUGAUGCUGUGCUGCUCCUGUAAAAUACUUAGUGACAUAGGAACCAGGGAAAUAUGUGAACUUUUCAAUUCUAAACUUGAUAAUCAAAGAGAAACUUAAUGUUGGUAUUAUUUCACUAUUACUUUCUAUUUCAAAAUUUUUUACAAAUGGAAUUUUAUGGAAACAAAUUUUUUGCAGCAAUCUUGUAAUUCAUGAUAUGAAACAGUGCAUACCGUAAGUAAAUAAAUGCAAGUUGCAUAA